CGGCGUGGUGGCAUCAGCCAAUGGGGGAAGGUAGUAUUGAGCGCCGGCCUGACAGAACUGGAGCCGCCCCGAGGCAGCGGCCGCCGGGAUGGCCUCCAGCUUCAAGAAACCCUCGCUGGGAGCAGCGUCCCAGAGGAAGAAAUCGAGUCCCAAGCCGGAGCUGACUGAAGAGCAGAAGCAGGAGAUCCGGGAGGCCUUCGACCUGUUUGACACAGAUGGCACCGGGAACAUCGAUGUUAAGGAGCUAAAGGUGGCCAUGAGAGCACUAGGGUUUGAACCUAAGAAAGAAGAAAUCAAGAAAAUGAUAUCAGAUAUUGAUAAGGAAGGAACAGGAAAAAUCAGUUUCAGUGACUUCUUGGCAGUGAUGACCCAGAAAAUGGCUGAAAAAGAUUCCAAAGAGGAGAUUCUCAAAGCUUUUAAGCUCUUUGAUGAUGAUGAAACUGGCAAAAUCUCUUUUAAAAACCUCAAACGUGUAGCCAAAGAACUGGGUGAAAAUCUUACAGAUGAAGAGCUGCAGGAAAUGAUUGAUGAAGCAGAUAGAGAUGGGGAUGGGGAAGUGAAUGAGCAGGAAUUCUUGCGGAUCAUGAAGAAGACGAGCCUUUACUGAAAUUGCAUUUUAUUUUAUUUUUUUGCACACGUGUGUGUAUGUCUGGUAGGUGCCUCACCUUUUUCCAACUUUUUAUUUCUUUGAAGAGACCAGAAAAGUUAGGUCAAUGCUUUCUUUUAAGCGACUGAUCUUAAACUUGUGUUUGUGAACAAUUACCAACUGUUAACCUGCUUACAAUUAGCAACGUGGUUGCUUGUUUGUGCUCAUAAGGUGUUUGCACUGUUCAUUUUCAAGACAGACAUUACAAUUUUCAGUAACAGUAUUCAGAUCCUUAUCUGACUGUAAGACGCAUGUCAGAUCAUUAUGGUUUGGUAAAGAAAGAACUCAAAAUGAAAGUGUGAAAUUGUAUUUCUCAGCAAUUGAAGUUUCUAGUUUAACACCUUUAUUUGGGCUCGGUUAUAGUGAACUCUUUAUAUGACAUAUUUGUGGGGAUCAGCUUUUUUUACUCUGUCUUAUGGUGAUUAUUCCCUCCCCCUUUUUUAUUAUGCUCUUAAAACUGAAAAAGUAUAAAUGAACUACUGCAACUUAACCUCCUGCUAUUCAGUUCACACAUUUAAAGGAAUCUCAUUGCAGAAAGAGAAACUUAGCAGUGCUGGUGAUAUAUACAUUUGCAAGAAUAUUCAGUGGUUUCAAAUAUAAGAUUGUACUUAAAAUAAAAUGUCUUAAUUUAAA